ACUUUGGAGCGUAUCCAACGGCGAGCCACGAAAUCAGUUCGAGGACUCAAAUCUAAGCCUUACGAAGAACACCUCCACUCACUAGACCUUUACCCAUUAGAAUAUAGACGUCUUGGAGGUGAUUUAUUAAUGGCUUAUAGUAUUCUUAACACUUCUGGACAUCCUCUUAAACACCUACUUAAGCUUAGUUCGAAUAAUAACCUAAGGGGUAACACCCAGAAACUGGAAACACAACAUAGCAAGACGGAAUGUAGACACAACUUCUACUCCUUAAGAGUUGUCAAAAGCUGGAAUUCGCUGCCGGCCGAGCUAGUCCAAGCGACUUCUCAGGAGUCCUUCAAGAGGCAACUUGACCUAUUCUUAAGGACCAAGGACAGCAUCACAUUAUGAUUUACCAGUUUCUUUUCCUCUUUUAUUGUUAACAUACCUAGGUUCCUGCCUGGAGGAUUUGGUGAUUCCCUGCUACUAGACACGGAAGCCUGUUAAGCGAAAGCUUCUUCUAUUCCGUCCACAAUCAUUUGAACCAUUUGAACCAUUUAGCCAACAGCGGUGCUUCUGCUUUCAAGGUCUGAUUUGUCGUGGUACGUGGAAUAUGACAAAGUCAAAGAAGAAAAAGUUGAAUUACAGUGAAAUACGUAAACAACACUUACUUGAAGAUAAUGAAAAAGAAGAGAAAAUUCUUAAAAAAUUAUCAAAGAAGUUGAAAAUGAAUCGUAAUUCUACAAAAACUAAACAGAAAAAAGAACAAACUCCACUAUGGUUAACACAAUGUGGAUUUGAUUACAUACUAAAUUUCGAGAAACAAAUAAAUUUAGAAAAGGAUAAUACUGAUAGUAAUAACACUGUUCUAUGUACUACUGUUGGUGUAUCUUCAAAGAAAAAGAGUAAAAAACUUGAUUUAUAUGGUCAAAAUACAAAUAGUAGUAAUAAUAGCAGAUCAAUUACUGAUCAUGAUGAUCAACAUUCAGACGUUGAUUCAUUGUUAAAUGAACCGAUCCAGUGUACAGAUCUAUCUGUUAAUGAAAAAUUAAAUGAAGUUAAUAUUUCAAUGCUAAAUGAUAAUCAUGAUUUCAAUGAAACUCUAUGCAAAUCAAUACGUAGUUCAUUAAAUCGUUUAUCGGAAUCACAAAUGUCAAAAAUUAUUACAGAACUUUGUGAUUUAUUUAAUAAAUAUCCUCGUGCAUCUGUUCGAUCACAUUUAAUUGAAGAAAUAUGCAAUUUAAUAGAAUGUACACAAAUUAAUCGUCAUACUAAAAUUGGUUGGUUACAUCAAGAAUUAGCUAUAUGUAUCACUUGUAUUCAAAUUAUGUUACAUCAUUUAUUUCAAUCAAUACCUUUAAUUGGUUAUUUAAUUGAAUCAAUUAUUUUUCGAUUAUUUCCUAUCAAUAAUAAUAAAGCACAAUUAUCAUCAAAUGGAAUUUGUACAUAUUCUAUAUUUUUAGCUUAUUUAUAUCGUUUUGGAGUAAUCUCAGGUACUCUUAUUUUAGAUAUUUUGAAGGCGUAUAUACGUGAUUGUGACAUCGGCAAAGUGAAAGCUGCUCAUUUUAUUACAAUCGCGGUUGGUGUUAAUCUACGAAAAUCUAAUUUGAAUGUAUGUCAAGAAAUUAUUCAACAAGCAAAUUUUGAACAUGAAAAGCAUAAAUUACAAAACUUUGAAAUAGCAUUUGAAUUGGAGGGACUGAUUCAACGUCUUUCAGAGAAACGUUCUAUGGAGGAGUGUGUUACACGAUCAUUACAUUUACAGAAACUUAUAAGGGUAUGGACUAAAGGAUUGUCUGUUACUGAUGAUAUGUGUUUAACUGUUGGAUUAGAAGAUUUACUAAAUGCUUCAUCUACUGGUCGUUGGUGGUUAAUUGGUUCAGCAGUAAAUCGAUUAGUGAAUGAUAUUUCAUCUGUAAAAUCCAAAGAUGAUGAAAAAUCUAAACCAUCUUUAAAUCCUGAAUUGGUAGCCGUUGCAGAAAAACUUGGCCUACGUACAACUUCUCGUCAAUUAACAUUUAGUAUUUUAGUUUCUACUCCUGGUGGUCCAGAUGCUACAGCUUCAGCUUUACUCAAAUCUUGUCACACUUCCGCUAAUUCACCAGGUGUUCAACUUGUAGCAGGCAGUAUAGCCGGUAGAGAAAGGGAAAUGAUUCAUAUUUUAUUACACUGUGUUAUGUCUGAAAUGCCUUUCAAUCGUUUUUAUCCACGUGUAUUAGGUGGUAUUCUAAAUUGUCAUCGACGAUUUUUGAUGAUGAUCAAAUGUGGAUUUUGGGAUAUAUUAAAUAAUACUAAUUUAACAGUUAAAGCUAAAUCUAAUGCUGGUCAAGCUUUAGGUUUACUUUGUCUUGUUUAUAAUUUUCCAUUAACCGUACUAAAGAAUUACAAUUUUGGAGACACCAGUGAAGGAAAUGUUGCUUUCUUACAAUAUACAAUUAUGGAAUUAUGCACUGGCGAAUAUCAAAAUGUUUUAGCUAAAUUAUUGCAGUUAUCAGCGUAUACAAGACUUUGUCGAAACUGUCGAAUAUUUAUGCGUAAACAUUUGAUUAAUGAAAUGGUUGCUGACGAUAAAUUUGACUCUAAUCUUAAAGCUAUUGUUACAAAACUUGUUUCAGAUAUGCGUGAAGCAGAAUCGUUUUGAGUUUUGUGAUUAUUAUUGCUUAAAUGGCAUUUUGUGUUUGUACAUAAUUAUUAUGUAUAUAAAUAAGUAUCCUAAUAAUUUGACAGUUUCUUCAUAAGAAUUUUUAAUAAAGAGCUUACUGUUUUCA